AUGGCUCUUGCAAACAAUCAUGCGUUCUUCGUUCUCCCUCCCGAACUUCACGCACACAUCUUCAUGUUGGCAUGUAGUCCAUCCUCGGCAACAGGAUGUACCACUGCCUCUCAUUAUAUCGCCUUUUUUACUGGAAACGCCCUUUCUUUAGUUUCCAAGUACUUCAAUUUCACCUCUGCUCCCGCCCGACAUCGAACCGUCGUCCUAUACGGAUGGCGGCAAAUCUACGCCUUUGAUCAUAUCCUGUCCAAGCAGAGGGUCGGUGCAUGUGCUCAUAGUCACACAUGCUACUUGACACUCAUUGCAGAUGACUUGCCAAAGGAUCCAGCUUUGCUUUUGCCUGAGGGUUCACUCUCACAAAGGGGUUUGGAUAAGACAAGGGUAGAGCUGCUACUGCUAAAUGUUGUCGCGACUAUCCUAAAAACGGUCGACAAUGAUCUAUAUGAGCUAGAAAUUGGAUUCCAAGCCAUUGAACACGUCAGAAACCCUCUGACGUAUCUUUCGCUCAAGGGUCUGCUGUUCUUCCCCCGCCUGGAAAUGAUUUUUUUUACUUCCUUGUUUGGAUCUGCGUGUCCAAUCAGUGACGAGACUGUUUCGUCGACGCUAGCAUAUCUUUCAUGUCCUCACAUGAAGGAAUUGACAAUCAGUUGUAGUUCGGACUCACCUUUAAAAACUGAGGUUCCUCUUAGUCUCGAUUUUGGUAGCCAGACACUUCAGGUCCAUAGGAUACAAGACUUAGAAAUGACUGUUAUCGAUAAUAUUUCGCCCUCACAAGUGUUAGCAUCCGAGAAUUUCGAAGAAACACAAUACACCCCCUACCCGAAAUACUUUCCUUCCCUCACGAAACUGACCAUCCUUGCGUCUACGCCCGCACAAGCCCUGGCAGCUCUCAAUGCCAAUGAAUCUACAUGGGAUGUUGGCUGUGUCUUUGAAAUUUAUGGUGACAGCCUGUCUCAAGACUUGUCAUUAAAAAGCCAAAUGACGACUCACGUAUGGCCACUGCGUGCGCGGAACCUCCGUACUGUUGUACUGAUACCGAAGACGCGUUGGAAUGAGAAAUGGGAGAGUCUACGGGAUGUCGCAAAGAGGCAACGGGAGACGAACAAAGCUGCCUGUUCCAAGCUAGAUCUGUUCGUGUUGAGACCAGGAGAAAAACUCGAAUGA